UAAGUUUUUUUAGGAGAUGCUGAGUGAGUUGUUUUGGAGAGAAUAGUUCUACAAAGGUUUUACUCAUGAUUCAUCAUUUUAAUUCUAUUUAUUGAAAUUGUUUACAAAUGAAAUCAUUGAUGUUUAAACGUUGAAUGAAUUAAUAUUUAUGUUUCAUUCUCAUAUAGAGUAUUUAAAAUAUGUAAUUUUCUGUUUAAGUGGUUUAGAAAGGCAGUACAAUACUGUUUAUUAAUAGGCCAGUUGUUUAUUAUUAUUAUUGUUAUUAUGACAUGUACUUAAAAUAAGGCUGUUUAAUAAUGGAAGUGCCGUGUGACUGGGUUUCCAAAUUGAACAACAUCGUAAUCCAGGAUGACUAUAAUUCAAACGAGUUAAACAUAGUUCUUGACAAGUUGAUUGUAAAUCUUCAUUACAAGUCGACAACUCUAAAUGAGAAAAAGAAUAUUAUUAAUACAAUUGAAAAUUGCUGCAAGCGUAUAUCAUCAGAUAACGCCCUGCUUGUCGCUAAGAUUUGCAAUCUGAUUUACAACGUGACGUUUAAGCAGAAGGUGCAUUUUGAGAAUGAGCAGCUCGCCGUUAUCGUACCCUGGCUGUCGAAAGCGAUACAGAAUUUCGCUGAUAUCGCCUUCUUGGACAUACUUCAGGUGACGGAGGUCUUGAUUAAAAACCAUCCUGACUACUUCUCCAAGGAACCUAGUGACUUGCUUAAUGCUUUGUUGCUGAAUCUUGAAAAUAAAACGACAAUUACAGACCCGUUUGAUGUUAAACUGGCAAGGUUGUCUAAUUUGAAAGCUAUGAUUCAGCAUGCGCCUAAAAACAAGCAUAAUGAAAUCGCAAAGGUGCUUUUGGAAGAUUUAUAUACGUUAAAUACUCAUAAAGCUGAUAUUCAAGCCAAGGUUUGGACCUCUAUAAUUGAAUCACUUGAUACUUUAUGUUCAAAAAGCCAAGACUUUUUGGCAACUUGUAUAGAUGAAGUGAUAGGCUUGAUCAUUGCAGCAAGUGAAUUUGGGUUUGAUACGGUUGUAUCAGCUCCGCCCAAACCUUCGACGCCUACUGCAGUAAUCAUCCCUCCUCAGGUUAUACUCACAUCCGGGGAGGUCAAGGCGAAAGCCAAGACCACCGUCCAGAUAAAGAAAUUGUCCAAAGUGAAACAGGUCAAUUGGCCCGAACAGCAAAAUGAAAAUGAGAUGGAAGACAGUAUCAUAUCAAGAGCAAGCGUUGACGCUUAUCGCACUCUCUGGAAUCACAGCGAGUCAGACCAGAGUGAUUCUGAAACAGGGCAGGCCUUUCGUAUUGCAAAAUUACAAGCGAGGACAAGACACGCAGCUUUUAACUUGCUCAUUCAAAUUAUCAAAGUUGUAGGGUGCCGCCCGCUUUAUGGACAUUACGCUCUUUUAAUUGGAAAACUAACUGGCAAUUUAAGAAGAGAUGUGCAUUACAAACCCAAAAUCACAGCUUUGGCAGCUAUAACGGCUUUACUUUCAAGUUCCAAAACUUUUCUAGCCCAAGCUCAACACAGGGAAGGAGGCUCAUUUACAACAUUUUCAGAAUCACUGGCACAGCUCGUGUCAAACCUUCACGCGAUUUUGGGCCAGUUGCUCAAAUCCUGUACACAUUUUAAUUUGAUUCCUCCCCUGCUUCAUACGACUGCUGCGUUAAUUUCUGUCAGCCCUUACAAAAGGCUCGCACCUUUGCUUCUUACCAACAUAUUCAGGGUUAUUCAAACAUACAUAAAUAGUAAAGAUCCUGCAAUCGCUUCUGGAGUUUUGUUGUGUAUUACAGAAAUUGUAAUACUCAACCCUAUUUCCAACGAGCAGAGAGACAUUUUGACUUCAGGAGCCACUGAUGAUGAACCGUGUUGGGUGUUUACUCACUGCAUAAAUAUUUUGAAAAAUCCUGAAAGUGAAGAAGUUAAAAAAAUCGGAGCAUGGCAGUUAUUAAGUGGCCUUUGUCAGUGUCAUUAUGACAUGGUGAAAUUGCAUCUUCCUAUACUCGAGGAUAACAUUUUGAAAAGUCUUGAAAAUAUCACCGAUAACAAACUUCAAUAUUAUGUCGCGAAAACGCUGGAUUACAUUCUCGUAAAAGUUCUUUAUGAUGAAGGAAUGUUCCUGUACAGGAAGGAACUUUGGACGAAGUUGAUCAAAGGACCUUUCAUUCCGAUGGCUCAAAGCCCGACUAAAAUAGCAUCCCUUGCUUGUGACUGCCUUUCAAGUUUGGGGCCGGAUAUUUAUCACACAUUGCCUGAAGAUUUACAAAUAUUAGUGAUAACACUCGUGAUUGGUUGCUGCUACAGCGACUUAUUCGGUGUGAGGGCAGCUGCGAUAAACACUCUUGGCAUGUUUCUUUUAUUUCCUCAGAUGAUCAGCGAACAGUUUGUUCAUGAUACUAAAGAUAUACUUAUUAAAGCCCUUAAAGAUGGUAAUGACCUGGUGAGAAGUAGGGCUUCUUGGUCUUUUGGAAAUUUAAUUGAAUUAUUGAAAAAUAAUGAUCGACAGCUUCUUAGAGAAAUGUCGCUAAUGAAAUUAUUUGAAGCUGGUAUUUCAGUUUUCAACGAUAUUCAAAAGAUUAAGGCAAAUAUUUUAAGGGCCAUGGCUAAUUUAAUGUUGCUAGUCACAGAAGAAGAUUUAGAGAAUAAUGAAAUAAAAAGGGUCGUAAUCAAGUCCGCAAGUUUUUUUGUGAAUUGUGCAACAACAGGAAAGUUAAUGAAGAUGCGGUGGAAUGCCUGCUAUGCCAUUGGUACUAUGCUUACCAAUGAACUAUUAUAUUCAAUAUCAAAUGAUUGGCUGGGUUCUAUCAUUCAAAAUCUCUGUUUUGUCCUCCUAAAGUGUGGGAAUUUUAAAGUAAGGAUAAACGCUUGCAAUGCCCUCUGCUCAAUAAAGAGUCGUGUACAUUUCACACCAUAUUAUCAUUUUGUUAUGACUUCACUCCUCGACGGGCUCGAUAAUGCGGCAAACAUGACUGAUUUUCGGGAAUUCAAGCACCAAGACGACUUGAAGCAAAAACUUUGCUUCGCCAUUUGUCACAUGAUUAGCAUAGCGACGAAAGAUGAUGUCGAGGAGCUAGCGGAUCUGAUGAAUUACCGGUUCGAGAGUCUCAAAUCCAACAUGGAAUACUUUAUUAACUGUGCUCCACCAGAAAAGACAAGCAUUGUCUUAAUGGCCGCUAAUAACAUUUCAAACCUCAAAUCUAAGUCAUCGGUGCAUAAACAAUUUUUAAACUUACUUCAAAAAAACCUUGAAGUAGUUUCGUCACAGUCGACAUAUUGACUGUGAUAACGUCAAAGUUGUAAAAAGUGAUAUAGAAAGCCUAUUUAUUUUUUGCAACCAAAAAAAUAACAGAUAUCCAUUUUGCAUUUUUAUAUAAUUUAUUUACUUCUUUUUUUUUUAAAAAAAAAAGAACAUUGUAUGUAUUAUAAAAGUAUUUAUAUUUAAUAAGCAGUUUCUUUUCUGUUUGUCAGUCCUAAUAGAUAGAUGUAUACUCCGGUCGGCGGUCCGAAGUCGUUAAAUGUAAUGUACAAUAUGCUGCAAGUGUCUUUAAUCAGUCAGUCCUAAUAUAUUUGAACAAAAACAAAGAAAUUAUUAUAAUUUAUUUUGGAAAUUAAAGCAAAUAACUUCUAAAACAGA